AUCACUGCCAUUAAUUUUAUCAUCACUUGAAGAACACAACACAAAAGAAACCAAAGAGAAAUAAGAAAAACUAGGACCAACCCGUCUUAUAUAAACACUUGUCCACCAAAUCAAUCCAAGGCCAACCAAACUUCUUGAGUUCUAGUUGUCUUUUAUGUCCUUCUCCUUCUCCUUCUCCUUCUCCUUCUUCCACUUCUCUCUCCAACCCCACCUGGGAUAGAGAUUUCUAUUUUUAUGUCGCCUUCCAAAGCUCUCAGCAAAACAUAUACAUCAGCCAUGCAUCUUUCACUCUAACUGUUAACACUAAAAGCAAGGCAUUCUGUUCCAUACACAUGGAAGCUUUUCACUCCUCUAUGACGACCUUACCCUUUUCCUACACUUUCGCUACUACAUUCACUGGAAGUAGUAGUAGUAGUAGUAACACUGCAAAUCAUCCUAUCACUACUCCAUGGAUGGACAGAAGGAUUUGGAGCAAGCUUCCACAGAGGCUGCUUGAUCGUGUGCUUGCUUUUCUUCCACCCCCUGCCUUCUUCCGCGCACGUGCUGUCUGUAAAAGAUGGUAUGCGCUCUUGUUUUCAGACACCUUUCUUGAAAUAUAUCUCCAACUAUCUCCUCGCCACAAUUGGUUCCUUUUCUUCAAACACAAAACCCUCAAGAGCUACAUUUAUAGAAACAGAGGCCUUGGUGGAGAUGUUGACAAUAGCUCACCUUGUGAAGGAUAUCUCUUUGAUCCUUAUGACAUCACAUGGUACCGCCUUUCCUUUGCUUUGGUUCCUGCCGGCUUCUCGCCAGCUUCUUCCUCCGGUGGCUUGGUUUGCUGGGUUUCCGACGAGGCCGGUCCGAAAAGUAUAAUCCUCUGCAACCCUGUUCUUGGCUCUCUUACUCAACUGCCUCCCACGCUAAUUCCCCGGCUCUUCCCUUCCAUUGGGUUAACUGUAAGCCCUUCAUCAAUCGACGUCAUCGUCGCCGGGGAUGACAUGAUUUCUCCUUACGCCGUCAAGAAUCUGACGGCGGAGAACUUUCAUAUUGAUGGGGGUGGGUUUUAUUCAAUAUGGGGAACAACUUCUUCUCUCCCAAGGCUUUGCAGCCUUGAAUCAGGCAGAAUGGUUUACAUGGGAGGAAAAUUCUACUGCAUGAACUACAGCCCUUUCAGCGUUUUAGCUCAUGACAUUUCAACAAACACCUGGUGCAAGAUUCAAGCCCCCAUGCGCAGAUUCCUACGAUCGCCAAGCCUGGUUGAGAGCAGGGGAAAUCUUCUCCUAGUUGCAGCAGUGGAGAAAAGCAAGCUGAAUGUUCCAAAGAGCUUCAGGCUGUGGAGCUUGCAGGCUUGUGGGACCACGUGGGUGGAAGUUGAGAGAAUGCCGCAGCAACUGUAUAUCCAGUUUGAGGAGCUGGAAGGCGGAAAUGGGUUCGAUUGUGUCGGGCAUGGGGAGUUUAUUGUCAUUAUGAUUCGAGGGUCGUCCGACAAGGCUUUGCUGUUGGAUAUUUAUAGGAAGAUUUGGCAGUGGAUUCCGCCGUGUCCUUACUCUCAAGGCGGCGGCGGUGGACGAGGUGGUGAGUUGCAUGGUUUUGCUUAUGAGCCUAGACUUGCUACUCCGGUCACCGGACUUCUGGAUCAGCUGACCACCCUCCCAUUUCAGCCUUUCACCGGUUAAAUAUUAGUAGUAGUAGCAAAAGCAAUGGUUGCAUGCACUUUUGUUGUAGUCGUAGUAAAUGUACGAGGGGGGGAGGAGCUUCUAAUUUUCGCAUAUAUAUGUUUAGGGUUAAUUAAUUAUCUACAUGUUUUGUAUGCGGUUAUGUAAUGCUCUAAUCACUCUAUUUAUGUCUU